AUGGAGAAAGCAGAUUGGUUCCCUGAAGCAGAUGAAAAAUGUUUCCCUGGUGAUUAUGGCAUCAAUGAUGAAGAAGAUGAGCCUGAAGGUGGCAACAAAUUUGGAACAUACACUAUCAUGUCUGACAGGCAAAAGGGCUUGCUUAAGGCAAUAAAUGAGGUAUUCCCUGAUUCACCUCAAAGGUAUUGUCUUAGGCACAUACAUGCAAAUUUUCAAUCUGCUGGAUUUAGAGGCCAGGAACUAAAGAAGUGUAUUGACAAGGCUAGCUACUCCUACAUUAAACAUGGGCAUGAACUAGGCAUGGCAGAGCUGAAAGCACAGUCUGAGGAUGCUUGGAAACGGCUCAAAAAAAUUGAGGUCUCUACUUGGGCUAGGUUUGCUAUGGAUCAUACUUGCAAAACAGAUUUAGUUGUGAACAAUCUAAGUGAAGUCUUCAACAAGAUGAUACUGGAUGUUAGGGCCAAACCAAUAAGGACAAUGUUUGAAGGGAUUAGGACCAAGCAAAUGAUCCAGAGGCAACAAACUAGGGAGAAGUUACAGAUUAGCAGGUGGACAAUCACACCAACCUACUCAGAGAUUUUAGAAGAGAACAAGCAGUAUGCCAAGUAUUGUCAGGCUGACAGAGCUGGUCCAACAAUUUGGCAAGUUACUAGCAAAGAAAAACAGUAUUGUGUGGACAUGGAAGGGUAUACAUGUGACUGCAAGAGAUGGAACAUGACUGGUGUACCUUGCAGUCAUGGCAUAUCUGUACUGACAAAGCAAAAGCUGCAUCCUGAGGACUAUGUCAAUGACUUUUUCAAGAAGCCACUUUAUUUGGAGAUAUACAAAGAAAUUAUAUACCCUGUUCCUGGUCCAGAUUUCCGGCCUCACACAAACACUCCAGACAUUGAACCUCCUGUGUUCAAAGAAAAGGCAGGCAGAAAACAGACUGCAAGGAGGACAGGAGAGUUUAAAGUUCCUGCCCCAAGAGACACCAGUAGGAUGGGAACAAUUACCUGUGGAAAUUAUGGGUUGGAAGGACACAAGGCAGUCUAUGCACCUCCUCCAUCUGCUCCAGUACAAACUCCAAGAGCACCAGCCCCUAGUGCAAGAGCACCAGCUCCUGCUGCAUCAACACCAGCACCACAUGCAAGAGCACCAGCUCCUGCUGCAUCUGCACCAGCUCCUACUACAACAGCUAAAAGGGGUAGGCCUGCAGGUGGAGGGAGACGCAAGGGAUUCAGUGCACCAAGAUCUGUUGCUGCAACUUCAGAUGUUUUGGCUGGUAACAAAAGGAAGAGUUUGCAAGCAGCAGAUUGA